GAUUACCCUCGUGCGGGUGGGCCUUGUGUUCAAGCACGUGUUCGCAAAACUCAGUUGGCGGCAAGGAUGGAACGUAGCCGAUUCCUCUACUUCUCCUGCAAUAGUUAGUUGGCAGCGUUCGUGGUUUUCUUCGCUUUGAUCAAUGGCUCUCAACCCGCAGCUGUUUCCUAAUGGGAUGCCCGUUCCUUUCGUCAACGAGUUGUUCGUCUUGGCUAGGGACGGCGUCGAAUUCGAGGUCGAUAAGAUCCCCGGGACUCAUGAGGAUUCUUUGAAUUUGGAAACGAGAAAUGUAAGUUUAAGACCGUGCAUUCUGUGGUGGUGUUUGGAUUGUACGUGUCCUUAAAAGCUUCAGCGCGGCAUUGGACUCUGUUCUGCUGCCAAUUGGAAAACUAUUCUGGAAGAUGUCCAGUGAAUGUUAUUCAUCAAAUUUUAAAGAUCGCAAUGCAACUCACUAAGCUUUACGUUCACGGUGAAAAAUUCAAUCAACCAAUAUUUUCCUGCAACAAUAUUUCUGGUCAUGUAGAACCUGUAGUUCCAGAAAACCAGAACAGGGCACUUUACUCCACUCACUCCUUCAAGAUUUUAUUCAAGGAAGGGGGCUGUGGAACCUUUGUUCCACUCUUUUUCAACUUGAUAUCUUCAGUGAGACAAUAUAAUCAACAUUCUAAUUCCGCGGCAGAGCCUCGAAUGGAUCCUCUGCAAGCCACGCAAACUCCUGUUGACAAAAUGAUGAGACAUGCAUACGUUGAUCCAAAUGAUCCCAACAAGAAUAUUUUUACAGCAGCCUACACCUGAGUCUCAACUGAGGAGACGCAAUUACCAGUCCCAGCCUGCUGAACACUCCAUGUAAUUUUUAAUCUCAUGUACAGCAUAUAAUUACAUGUUUGAAGAAACAUAGUAAAUCACUACUAGUUUGAUGUGUGACCAAAAUGCACGAACCCACAUAUUUUGUGAUCCAUGUGCAUGAAUGGGUCACUGUAAAUGUUUGUUUACUUGGGGGUGACAAAAACCAGGAAUUUAAGGUCUCUUUUCUGUAUCUUCUACAUCAUCCGGUUGAUCUCAGAAGCAAAUAGAAAGGACUAUGGCAGGUUGCGUCUUUCUUUGUACACAAACAUGAUAAAAUGGACAUUUAUAUGUCUUAUUUAUAAGCUAUUGAAAAAACUCUGUUUUUCAAACAAACUGUCUACAUAAUCUGCAACUUCUCGAUUACCACUUUUUAUCUACAUCAACUGGAAGGACAGACAGUACGGUCCAACUCUCAACAAGUUAAAACAAAAGCUCGAUGCAUAAUUGUAAGAUUGACCUCCUUGCUGUCUGUAUUAUCUAUUCUUUGUGAUAGAGAUACAAGCCAAGGCCAAACCGAGCACAUGCUCUACAGAAAGCUAUUUCCUCUGCUGCAGCAACUGGAUCCACAAUGUGGCCCUCACUGGGUGAUACUGUUCCGGUUGACUCGCGAUGAGCCUGUAUCGGUGUGUCAAAUAAACAAUAUAUGUUAAGAGCUAAAAUGAGGCAUUAUGAGUUUUUCUUCUUGGUCAUUGUACUACUCGGUGUAGGGUAAACCUCUUCCUAAAGCAUAUGUAAUUACAUAUAGGCUUAAUUAAUGCAAGUUUUUUUUUUUUUAUUGGCACAGGUGUCUGAAAACAGUGUCCCGACUCAUUCUGGAGGUGCACAGGUCCUCGGCAAGGAGUUCCCGCAAGUGCAUCUUAGAUAAUUUAAGGGAAAAAUUCCCCCGUUCAAUAGUCCCUAAAGAUUGUUUACACUCAAUGGGAUUUGAUCCAACUCCUAGGGGUUUAAUUCAUGCAAGCUUUAGGGAACACUCAAAAUGUACAAACACAAGAUGACUAACAUUUUUCUUCCUUAAAAAAACCGUUCUCCAUGUCAUCCUCAUACAACUCUGAAACAAUGAACUUCAACAUCAACUUAAUUCCGGUUA